AAUCGUCAACGAAGAAGAUUUUCUCGAAAAGGUUUGGAUCUCUGUUCUAGAAUCCUGCUCCCCGUUCUAAACUAUCAGCGAAGAGUAUCUCACCUUUCAAAUUGUGAAGAGUAUUUGGAUUUCGUGUGUUCUCACCACUGUAUUGUGAGAGUUUUGAGGCUCCGAUGCGGGCCCGACAUCUGGGUCGUUCCUGUGAAUCAAUCUAGUUUGAAUUGAAAUAGAAGUUAUCUUGAUCUUCCACAAUGGAUCUUCCACCACAUAACGAAGAGUCUGCUAUAGAGCAGUAUUAUGUCACCAAAAUCGAGGAAAUGGAGGUGAUGGUCAGUGAGAAAAUGCAAGAUCUACGUCGUCUUGAAGCACAAAGAAAUGAACUAAAUACAAAAGUUCGUGCUAUUCGCGAAGAACUUCAACACCUCCACGAACAGAGUAGCCAUGUCGGUGAAGUGAUUAAGCCGAUGGACACCAAGAAGGUCCUUGUCAAGGUGCCGCCGGAAGGAAAAUUUGUUGUAGAUUUAGGAAAGAACAUUGAGAUGGCUGAUGUCAAGGCAGGGUGCCGUGUAGCACUACAGAAUGACAGCUAUGCGCUGCACAAAAUCCUUCCCAACAAGGUUGACCCUCUUGUCAGCUUGAUGAUGGUGGAGAAAGUGCCGGACAGCACCUAUGAAGUAAUCGGUGGUCUUGACAAGCAGAUCCAGGAAAUCAAGGAGGUUAUUGAGCUGCCUGUCAAGCAUCCGGAAUUGUUUGAAGCACUUGGUAUCGAUCAGCCAAAGGGUGUUCUCCUGUAUGGUCCACCUGGUACUGGCAAGACGUUGCUUGCCAGAGCCGUCGCCCACCACACGAACACCACGUUUAUCCGCGUCUCCGGCUCUGAACUCGUGCAGAAGUAUAUCGGAGAGGGAUCGCGAAUGGUCCGUGAACUCUUUGUCAUGGCUCGGGAACAUGCACCCAGUAUUAUCUUUAUGGAUGAAAUUGAUAGUAUUGGUGCUUCAAGAAGUACAGCGACAGGUGAUAGUGAAGUACAGCGUACUAUGCUUGAACUGCUCAAUCAGCUGGAUGGCUUUGAGGCGACAAAGAACAUCAAGGUCAUCAUGGCCACCAAUCGUAUUGAUAUUCUGGAUCCGGCACUGUUGCGUCCAGGUCGAAUUGACAGGAAGAUCGAGUUCCCUGCCCCCAAUGAAGAUGCUCGUCUUGACAUUCUGAGAAUUCACUCUAGAAAGAUGAACCUAACCCGAGGCAUCAACCUGCGUCAUAUUGCUGAACUCAUGCCGGGUGCUUCCGGUGCUGAAGUGAAGGGUGUGUGUACUGAGGCAGGUAUGUAUGCACUUCGAGAGCGACGUGUGCAUGUCACGCAAGAAGAUUUCGAAAUGGCCGUAGCCAAGAUUAUGAUGAAGGAUAGUGAAAAGAGUAUGUCCAUCAAGAAGUUCUGGAAAUAAGUUGCCGCGAACAGGUGUGGCGUGUUCUUCUUGGAGCACGGCAUCAUGCCUUGUAUAUGUAUGUACGUAUGUACGUGACUGGUGCGUGUGUUGUGUGUGUGCACGUGUGUGUGUGCACGUGUGUGUGCGUGCGUGCGUGCACGUUCGCGCACCAGCACUAGUCAUUUUUUCCCCUCUGCGCAACAAUCACAACAUGGCUAGCGCGUGCUGCGCCCCCAUGCUUUCGUGCGAGCAUUAGCGUUAUUCCUUUCUUCUAAAGCCGUCGACCGAUGAUGUUCGCAUGCUAAGAGUCAUGACCAGCUCUGUACCCCUGUUGUUGAGUUUCAUUUUCAUGACAUGAUUUCUGCCUUUUUUACUUGUGUUUUGUCUAUGAGCGCGCUGCUCCUGUACAGUCGACUUGUACAUGCUUUUCCCUGUUUUUGUUUUGUUUUACGGCUUGCUUGUUUGUCUGUAUUUUACUCAAUAGAACAACCCUAAUGCUACCGAUUUCUGCGCUUUGGACCUCUGAAUUUGCUUCACACGUCUUUGCUUUUUUUUUAUUGCUUCCAUCGCUACCACUUCUGAGGAUUGACUAGGGGUGUUUAAACUGUCAAAUCUCAUCAGUUGUC